CGCUUCUGGGUUUGUAUAAAAACAGUUUCACUCGCUUCAUCGGCAGAUUUUCCUGCGACGAAGAGGAGAACAUAUUUACUUUCAGAAGCAGUUUCAGCGAUAUUUAAAGAUGCAGAUCUUUGUCAAGACUCUCACUGGUAAGACCAUCACCCUUGAGGUUGAGCCAAGUGACACUAUUGAGAAUGUCAAAGCCAAAAUCCAGGACAAAGAAGGCAUUCCCCCUGACCAGCAGAGGUUGAUCUUUGCUGGCAAACAGCUUGAAGAUGGCCGCACCCUGUCUGACUACAACAUCCAGAAAGAGUCCACUUUGCAUCUGGUGCUGCGUCUCAGGGGAGGAAUGCAGAUCUUCGUCAAGACCUUGACGGGAAAGACCAUAACGCUCGAGGUAGAGCCAAGCGACACCAUUGAGAACGUCAAGGCCAAAAUCCAGGACAAAGAAGGCAUUCCCCCUGACCAGCAGAGGUUGAUCUUUGCUGGCAAACAGCUUGAAGAUGGCCGCACCCUGUCUGACUACAACAUCCAGAAAGAGUCCACCUUACAUCUGGUGCUGCGUCUCAGGGGAGGAAUGCAGAUCUUUGUCAAGACUCUCACUGGUAAGACCAUCACCCUUGAGGUUGAGCCAAGUGACACAAUUGAGAAUGUCAAAGCCAAAAUCCAGGACAAAGAAGGCAUUCCCCCUGACCAGCAGAGGUUGAUCUUUGCUGGCAAACAGCUUGAAGAUGGCCGCACCCUGUCUGACUACAACAUCCAGAAAGAGUCCACCUUACAUCUGGUGCUGCGUCUUAGGGGAGGCAUGCAGAUCUUCGUCAAGACGUUGACAGGAAAGACCAUCACCCUUGAGGUAGAGCCAAGCGACACAAUUGAGAACGUCAAGGCCAAAAUCCAGGACAAAGAAGGCAUUCCCCCUGACCAGCAGAGGUUGAUCUUUGCUGGCAAACAGCUUGAAGAUGGCCGCACCCUGUCUGACUACAACAUCCAGAAAGAGUCCACCUUGCAUCUGGUGUUGCGUCUCAGGGGAGGCAUGCAGAUCUUUGUCAAGACCUUGACGGGAAAGACCAUCACCCUCGAGGUUGAGCCAAGUGACACAAUUGAGAACGUCAAGGCCAAAAUCCAGGACAAAGAAGGCAUUCCCCCUGACCAGCAGAGGUUGAUCUUUGCUGGCAAACAGCUUGAAGACGGCCGCACCCUGUCUGACUACAACAUCCAGAAAGAGUCCACCUUGCAUCUGGUGCUGCGUCUCAGGGGAGGCAUGCAGAUCUUCGUCAAGACGUUGACAGGAAAGACCAUCACCCUUGAGGUAGAGCCAAGCGACACAAUUGAGAACGUCAAGGCCAAAAUCCAAGACAAAGAGGGCAUUCCCCCUGACCAGCAGAGGUUGAUCUUUGCUGGCAAACAGCUUGAAGACGGCCGCACCCUGUCUGACUACAACAUCCAGAAAGAGUCCACCUUGCAUCUGGUGUUGCGUCUCAGGGGAGGCAUGCAGAUCUUCGUCAAGACCUUGACGGGAAAGACCAUCACCCUCGAGGUUGAGCCAAGUGACACAAUUGAGAACGUCAAGGCCAAAAUCCAGGACAAAGAAGGCAUUCCCCCUGACCAGCAGAGGUUGAUCUUUGCUGGCAAACAGCUUGAAGACGGCCGCACCCUGUCUGACUACAACAUCCAGAAAGAGUCCACCUUGCAUCUGGUGCUGCGUCUCAGGGGAGGCAUGCAGAUCUUCGUCAAGACGUUGACAGGAAAGACCAUCACCCUUGAGGUAGAGCCAAGCGACACAAUUGAGAACGUCAAGGCCAAAAUCCAAGACAAAGAAGGCAUUCCCCCUGACCAGCAGAGGUUGAUCUUUGCUGGCAAACAGCUUGAAGAUGGCCGCACCCUGUCUGACUACAACAUCCAGAAAGAGUCCACCUUACAUCUGGUGCUGCGUCUCAGAGGUGGUACAAAAAUUUAAACUGACAGUCUCAGAAAUAGACAAUUAAUUAUUUCAGUAUUUUUCGCACAUGCUCUCACCCCUUUUCUUUAUUCCCAUGCUUUGUUACGGAGUGACAUUACAUUUUAUUGGCAUCUUUUUCCACCUUGUUUAUCUUGAUGACAAAAUAAAGCAUUAAAAUGUU